UCGCGAAAACUUCCGAUGAGGAUCAGCGCUCAGUCCACCACCACCACCACCACCACCUCCACAACUCACAUCAAUCAUCGCGGCGGGCAGAUGCGUAGAUUCGCCCGGGGUUGUGUGAUUGAAUUGUGAUAAACCGAACGGAAUAGCGAGAGCAGCAGCAGUAGCAGCAGCAGCAGCAGGAGCAGUUGGAGCAAAGGCAUAUAGCAAUUCAUAUGUGUGUCAUCGGUCCAAACACAUGAAACACUCGGCUGUCGAACAAGUAUAGGAGAGUAGCCUGACUCUCGGACAAACGGUCACAGAGAGAGAGAGAGAGAGAGAGAGAGAGAGAGAGAGAGAGAGAGAGAGAGAGAGAGAGAGAGAGAGAGAAACGAGUCUUGAAGAGAAGGAGAGGAAGCGUGCAGUCAUUGUGGGUUCGGCUGGCGUGACGUUCUCCAUUCAUCAGGCAUUUGCGACGGUCACCUUGGGAGCGCACGCGCUCAUACAACAUCGAGGUCACCGUGCCGAAGCCAAUUGCCUUUCGUUUCGUAGUACUUGGGGUUUCAUCGUUGUCCAAUGCUCCUCUUACGCCGAGGACCAGUCUGGUAAUCCUGGUCGGAUUUGGGAACGUACCAUUCGCCCUAUCAACGAAGUAGUAAUAGAAAAAGAAGAAGAAGAAGAAGAAGAAGAAGGAGAAGAAAAAGAAGGAGAAGAAGAAGAGCAGGAGAAGGAGGAGGAGACGUGGCACUUGGGAGUGUGAUUCGCCCUAUCAACGCAGACGAAGAAGAAGAAGAAGAAGAAGAAGAAGAAGAAGAGGUAGGAGGCGGCGGCGUCGUAGCAUUUGUGGAGAGUGAUUAUUGUAUCGAAAAGGGGAAGAAGGUGUUUAUCAUGUGAGAAACGGGGUUGGAAGAACAGGAAAUCCUUGGCCUGGGCACCAGACACACACACACACACACACACACACACACACACACACACACACACACACACACACACACACACACACACACAGAGAGAGAGAGAGAGAGANAGAGAGAGAGAGAGAGAGAGAGAGAGAGAGAGAGAGAGAGAGAGAGAGAGAGAGAGAGAGAGAGAUCCGUGGUCGCUCGGUCGGCAAGUGAGCUUGGUACCGUGCCGUUUCAAUCCGUUACGUUGUCACCAGACGACGGAAAUCCGUUUCCAAGGGGGAGAAAGAGAGGAGGGGAUCCGUUUGCGCAUCCAGCCAGGAGAAUCGAGAAGUCGUUACGGAAAGAGCAGGCAGGAGAAUUGGAUCCUGUUUGCGCGUGCACCGCUGCUCUCUCGAUCGUUUGAAUUCUGUUUUUUUUUUUUUUUUGUUGUUAAAUUUUCCAACUGCUAAAUGGCGAUAGCGUUGGAAACCAUGGCGGUUAAGGGGGAUGGGUGCGGCGUCGGCUGCGAAGAGCGAAAUGCCCGCUCUCGGCCUCUUCAUGUCUGGGGCCCCGGUAUUGAUUGUGAGGGGAACCUUGACAGAUGUUGUGAUUGUGAGGAGGGAGAUGAAGAGGGAGAGAGAGGAGGCGAAGGAGAGGAGGGAGGGGUGGAUGGGGAGGCGGCGCACCUGGACCAAGCUCCUUCUUCUUGCGCUGAAUCUCAUCAUCACCACAGCUAUCUUGAUGAUCACGAUGAGAGUCGUCGUCAUCAUCAUGGGCAUCAUCAGUUGUUCUCGGGGAUGAGUAUGGCCAUCGUUGGAGGGAGAUUGCAAUUCGUGCCACAGAGAGAAGAGACGACCUGGGCGGCUGUGGAGUACAAGGCGCAGGGCCAAGAAAUUGGCGGGAAAGCCAAUGGAUAUGGCGCGGAGUACACGCGUCGAUCGGGCAAUUCGCUGUUCGAGCUGGAAGCUCUCUACGACGCUUCGCGAAUCCGAAUUUUGCAGGCGGCUUGGUCGGUGUGGGAGGCACAACAAGCUGUCGACAUAAUCACAGAAGAAGCCGAGAAGCGGCGUGUGGCAAAUAUCAUGAAGGAGCGCGAGAGGCAGAGCAAGAAGACGGGGCUCUUCUCGUGGUUGAGGGGAAGAUUCGCGCGCGGAGGGGGGUGCGCUCGGUGUCAGUCUGCUAGAGUCGUCGACGAAGUUGCAGCCACGGUAGACGUGGUGGAUUACAGAUGAGCGGCGGGGGGGAGGAGGCGGAAAAGAGGAGAGGAGGGAUAGAGCAGAGGCACGAGUAGGGAGUUUAAGAAGAAGAAGAAGGAAGAAGAAGAGGGAGAGGAGAGACAAUAGGACGAUAAUAUGAUGAAGACGGUGGUGGUGGUUACGUAUUGCCUUGCCUACGGGAAACUUGAGCUUUAGUGUGCCCGUUGUAUGGCGGCAGUAACGUCUCUCCUUCGCCGUCUGUUUCUCUCCCUCUCUCUUUCUUUGUCCUUGUUUCAUUCUUACUUCUCUCUCUCUCUCUCGCUCAUUCUCUCUACCUCUUUCCCUCUCUUUUCUGAUUAUCGUCUUCCCUUCAUCGGUUAAUUGAUUGGACGUUGGGUCCAGCCUCUACUUCCUCAGUAAGUUGAGGCGAUCCGUUCAAUCUUUGACCGAACGAUCGGCCGCAAUGUCGGUCAAUCAAUGGUGUCGAUGGAUUGAUUGAGGGCGACGGCAGCAGUGUCAGCUGUGGGGCGCAAGCGAGCGAGCAAGCAAGCAAGAAAGCUGUUCUCUUUGUGAGCGCAUCCCCACGCGAUGUGGCCUCUUCCCACUUAGGAUCGGCGAAGAGACUCGCUGCAGUGCUCUUUGUGGUCCAGUCGCCCUCGAGCGACCGACGAUGGAGGCAAAUCGAAAUCAAUCCAGCGAGCAAUCGAACGGCAGGAGGAUCUGUACACGUGGCGCCUUCGUUCGAACAACAGCCGUCGGGCUGUCGGCAACAGCUAGCAAUCAAUCGAACGGCGGGAGACUGCUGUACAAGUGGGCACGGUCCUUGCGAGCGCUGGUCCAGUCGCCGUCGACCGACCGACGAUGGAGGCAAUCGAAAUCAAUCCAGCGAGCAAUC